AUGACUGCUCUCAUUAAGCGUAACACCACAGUUCCGACGAAGAAGUCGGAGAUCUUCUCGACAUACUCGGAUAACCAGCCGGGUGUCUUAAUUCAGGUCUACGAGGGUGAGCGUGCGCGCACGAAGGACAACAAUCUUCUCGGCAAGUUUGAACUGUCGGGUAUCCCUCCCGCUCCCCGCGGCGUUCCGCAGAUCGAGGUUACCUUCGACAUCGAUGCCAACGGUAUUCUCAAUGUCUCCGCCGCCGACAAGACAACCGGCAAGUCAAAUCGCAUCACAAUCACGAACGACAAAGGCCGUCUGUCAAAAGAAGAGAUCGAGCGCAUGGUCUCAGAGGCUGAAAAGUACAAGGCCGAGGAUGAGGCCGCCGCUGCCCGCAUCACAUCGAAAAACGCGCUCGAGUCGUAUGCAUAUAACUUGCGGAACUCUCUCACCGACGAGAAGCUGUCUGGCAAGUUUGACCCAGCGGAUAAGAGCAAGCUCGAGUCUGCUGUGAAUGAUGCCAUCUCGUGGCUGGAUGCGUCUCAGGAAGCCUCGAAGGAGGAGUACGAGGAACGCCAGAAGGAACUCGAGUCAGUUGCAAACCCGAUCAUGCAGAAACUCUACUCUGCGGGUGGUGCGCCAGGUGGCUUCCCUGGUGGUGCGCCGGGUGGUUUCCCUGGCGGUGAGGCCCCAGGUGGUGAGGAUGGUCCCAGUGUCGAGGAGGUCGACUAA